AUGUUGGUUCAUUGGACAGCAGACCGUGGCCAUGGAUGUCCGAAUCAGCUAGUAAAUGGUGACAUAGAAGAUGGCGUAAUGUCACCAGGUUUAGAUGUGAAAACUGCGGAACCACUCUUUGACAAUAGAUCCAUUUAUCUGAUCAUUUUGGUGACAACAACUUCAGACAGUAUCAUAACAUGCACCGUCUCUGUCAAAAUUUAUAAUCGGUCUCAAUACAGUAUCAUUUUGCGUGCGCCAAAAUUCAAUCAUAUUCUUUUGAAUCAAAUGACUUCAGCAGUGAUGCCGAUUGCAUUCAGAGUUUAUAUUUUUGAUCUUUUUCUUCAGAUGCUUAAAAUAGCUGUGAAAAGUGGCAACAAUCUUUGCGCUUUUCUGAGAGUUCAGGACGAUUCGGCAGGGAUGCUUGGUCAGAACUCCUUCAUGCAAGUGUCAUUCACUCGAAAAGCAUCACUUAUGCUACUGGCAAAUUCACCACUUCAUAUUUUCGUAAUGAUGAUGAAUGAUGACCGUGCAUGCAAUAUAUUUGCUCCUGCUCGUACGUUUGCAUUCUGCGUUCCAUAA